AUGUUACUAUUCUAUCCCUCACCCACCCAAUUAUCCUCAUUACGGUCUCAAGAUAUUAGUAUAUACGCCGCAUCGGCGAUCAGUCUAACGGUUGAGAUAUCUCAGGAGGAGGAAGAGAAGAUUCUAUUGAAGAAAGGUUAUGCCAUAAGACUUCUACUCCUUGGUAUACCCUCCGAAUCUUCUACGUGGAUCGGUAGUAGAUGUAUUUGUAGUCGUAUCGCCUUUCAAGUUGAUUGUGAUAAUCACAUAAGGAAUAUCGUCUCAGAUUACUAA